UAGAAGCAAAACUUUAGCUCUACAUGUUUGUAAAAACACCAACAAACAAUGGACAGGAAACAGAAUCUGAACCGCAACGAGACCUUCUCCUUCGUCAACCCCUGGAUCAGAUAUUUUCUCUUCUUCUUCAGCUUUUUAUUCUGGGUUUUCUCAUUGUUAAUUGUUGCCAUCGGGGUGUAUGCUAAAGUCCAGAAAGCUACAGACACGGUGCGGGACACGUUCCUGAUCGACCCGGCUGUGAUCCUAAUCGUGGUGGGGGUGGUCAUGUUCUUCAUCACUUUCUGCGGCUGCAUCGGAGCCCUGCGAGAGAACAUUCGCCUCCUCAAGACAUUCUCCUUCACCCUGACGUUUGUCUUCCUCACCCAGCUAGCCAUAUCCAUCAUGGGCUUCUUCUAUUCUGAUCAGACCCGGGAUGCUCUGGGAAAGUUUGUGAAGAAAGCCAUCGUGCACUACAGGGAUGACCUGGAUCUGCAGAAUCUGAUGGAUUACAUCCAGAAAGAGUUCAAGUGUUGUGGGUGGAACAACUACACAGACUGGUCUUGGAACCUGUACUUUAAUUGUACUCAUGAGAACCCCAGCACGGAGCGCUGUGCUGUGCCUUACUCCUGCUGCACUCCUGUUCCUGGAGAGACGGUGGUCAACACUAUGUGCGGGUUUGGGGUUCAAACCCAGAAAUACCUGGAGGCAAACAAGUUCAUCUUCCCGGUGGGCUGUGCCGACAAAGCGGUGUUGUGGAUCGAGUCUCAUCUGUUGCUAUUGGGGGCCCUUGCCCUUGGUCUGGCCUUGCCUCAGAUUGCAGGCAUCGUGCUGUCCCAGAUCCUGAUCUCUCAGAUCCAAGAUGAGAUUACCUCAGUGUUGUGAGAGCGGGCCGGCGCAGAGGAAGAGAAGGGAGGAAGAGGAGGGAGGAAGAGGAGGGAGGAAGAGAACAUACAGUGCUCUACUCAGCUCGUCUGACACGCGCAAGGACAUCUUUUCUUACG